UGUAUCUCCUCCCAGUCUUCCAGGUACGAUCAUCGGUGGAUCACACUUCGAGAUGUCGCAGUAUUCAUCAGCUGCAGCACCUCAUUGUCAUCACCUCCCAUUGUCAUCAUCUGGUCCAUUCCAGCAUACACUUUGAAUCCCUUGACCUAUGGUUCCCCAAAGUUAUUUGUUUGCCCACAAUAAUUAACAUCAAUUGCCCUUGCCUCUUUGUCUACUUGACCUUAGACCGCUUCAAACACAGGGAUAACUGAACAAGAGUAUCGACAUGUCUCGCUAUCCCCCUGGACAGUCGUCGGAUUAUCCGAUGCAGAACGUCAAUGUGCAAUAUAAUCCCAACGCAAAUCCGUUCGACGACGAACCUCAGCGCAACUACGGCCAGGAUGCACCCUUGCUGCUCUCGUCCGGCUACAGCAACAAUAAUAACAACAGUGGCUAUGCACCCAGCCCAGCCAUGGCUCCUGGAUUCAUUGCACCCUCGCCCUAUACCCCCUAUCAGCAGCCAUUGGGUGUUCCCUCCCCUCAUAUGAACCAACAAAACCCUUUCACCAGCACACCCGACCUUGGCCAGCAGGUCCCACCACAUAUCCAGUUCGAUAUGUCCGGUGGUGCACCAGCUGGUCCGGGCGCUCUCCCUCCAGGUACCCCAGACACGCGCCAUUACGGUCCCGCGCCUGUAGCACAGCGUCGUCGAUACCAGACAACCAGGAAGGUCAAGCUGACCUCGGGUAACCUGGUCCUGGACUGUCCUGUGCCAAGCAAAUUCUUGAAGACACUCAAGCACCAGGAGGGCGAGGAGUUCACGCACAUGCGCUACACUGCAGCUACCUGCGAUCCCAACGACUUUUCAGCCGAAAAUUAUACCCUGCGACCCCUGUUGUUAGACGACCAGCCCCGAGAGACAGAGCUGUUCAUUGUCAUGACCAUGUAUAACGAAGACGAGGUCCUGUUCACGAGAACCAUGCACGGUGUCAUGAAGAAUAUUCGCCACCUGACCACCCGCGACAGGUCCCGCACCUGGGGCCCUGAUUCGUGGAAGAAGGUCGUUGUCUGCAUUGUGUCCGACGGUCGUACAAAGAUCAACCAAAAGACCCUCAACGUCCUCGCCGCCAUGGGUGUCUAUCAGGAUGGGAUCGCCAAGAACAUUGUCAAUGACAAGCCCGUUACCGCCCAUAUCUACGAGUACACGACCCAGGUCACCAUCGACCCUGAGAUGGGCCGCUCUGGCCACGACAAGGGCUAUGUCCCAGUCCAGAUUCUGUUCUGUCUGAAGGAAAAGAACGCCAAGAAACUCAACUCUCAUCGCUGGUUCUUCAACGCCUUUGGCCAAGUCUUGAAGCCCAAUGUCUGUGUGUUGCUCGAUGUCGGUACCCGUCCUGGCUCGACCUCGAUCUACCAUCUCUGGAAGGCCUUUGAUCUGAAUUCGAACGUUGGAGGCGCUUGCGGUGAGAUUUGUGCUAUGUUGGGUCGCGGCGGUAGCCAGCUACUUUCGCCUUUGGUCGCCUCGCAGAACUUUGAAUACAAGAUGUCCAACAUUCUGGACAAGCCUCUCGAGUCCGUCUUUGGUUAUAUUUCCGUCUUGCCCGGAGCCUUCUCUGCCUACCGUUACCGUGCUCUCCAGAACGAUCCCACAGGUCAAGGUCCUCUCGAAAAGUACUUCUUGGGCGAAAAGUUCCACGGCUCGGACGCCAAUAUCUUCACGGCCAACAUGUACCUGGCUGAGGAUCGUAUUUUGUGCUUCGAGCUGGUCGCUAAGAGAAACAGUGCCUGGGUGUUGCAGUACGUCAAGUCUGCCUACGGUGAGACGGAUGUGCCCUCUACUGUGGCAGAGUUCAUCUCGCAGCGUCGUCGUUGGUUGAACGGAUCCUUCUUCGCUUCGGUGUACGCCUUGGUUCAUCAGUUCGAUAUCUGGCGAUCAGAUCAUUCGACUUCCCGCAAACUGUUCUUCCAUCUCGAGUUCUUCUACAGUGCUGUUUCCUUGUUCUUCUCUUGGUUCGCUUUGGGCAAUUUCUACUUGACGUUCUAUAUUCUCGGCAACGCUAUGGUCUUUAUGCCCGGCCCUGAUGGCACAGUGGAGCAGGCGAGUCCCUUUGGUGAAAAUUCUGCCGGCUUGUGGAUCUUCACCGUUUUCCGUUACAUCUACAUUUUGCUGAUCAUUGCUCAGUUCAUCAUGAGUAUGGGAAACCGACCUCAAGGAUCCAACUGGGCUUAUAAGUCAUCGAUGGGCUUCUUUGCAAUUUUGAUGGCCUAUAUGUUGUUCGGUGCUGGAUAUAUGACUGUCGCAGGAAUCAACGGUGUUCGGGACGAAAUCGCCAAGGGCGACUCGGGCGAAUCUGCAACGUCGCUUUACUUCCAAAACGCCAUGUUCCGCAACACUGUCAUCUCGCUGGCUUCAACUUAUGGACUGUACUUCUUCGCCAGUUUCUUGUUCUUGGAGCCCUGGCAUAUGUUCCACUCGUUCAUCCAGUACAUGUUCAUGGUGCCUUCGUACGUCAAUAUCUUGAACGUCUAUGCGUUCUGUAACAUCCACGAUAUCUCAUGGGGUACCAAGGGAGACACUUCGGUUGCCACGGAUCUGGGUGUUGCCAAGAAGACUGCUGAGGGUAAUGUCGAGGUUUCGGUGCCGACGGACAGCCACGAUAUCAACAAUGCAUACGACGAAGCCGUCAGUGCCCUGUCGAUCAAGACGGUCGAGGUGAAGCAGCAUCGUGAUGCCAAGACCAAGCAGGAGGAUUACUACCGUGAGAUCCGUACUCGUGUGUUGUUGACCUGGAUCAUGAGUAACGCUCUGUUGGUAGCAUUGGUGACCUCGACGGCAUUUGGAGACUUCAAGACCAGCAGUACAGUGUAUCUGGGUAUCGUCCUCUGGUCGGUCGCUGGUCUGGCAUUGUUCCGAUUCUUCGGAAGCGUUACCUACAUGAUUCUGCGACUCUUUAACGGUCGCAUUGUCUAAGAGAAGCUACCGAAUGCAUUUAUAUACAUAUACAACCUUGUAGAAUAGCUGGAGCAGACGGAGGGGGGCAUCUUUUUCUUUUCUUUUCUUUUUCUAGUUUACAUGUCAUUUUUAUUCAUCGUACUUCAUUCCGUCAUAAAGACAUUGGUCUUCAACAAACAUUCGAAGAGCCGUUGAACGAUCUACGCGUAAGAAAAAAAACACUGCCAAAAGUCUUUAGUCCGUCCAUACCUUUCUGUACUAUCAUAGCACAGCCAGACCCGCGCAUCACCAGCACGAGAUAUAGUCUUCAUGCUGGUCCUGCAGCGCACGGACGCGGAAUUACGAUCGUCCCCUCCAAAUUUGCCUUUCACAACAGCACUCCAAAAAAAAAAAAAAAAAAAAAA